AUGAAGUUCAUACCCCUCCAAAUCCUCACCACCUCCCUAGUUCGUUCAAUAUGUCAGUCAAGUGGUGGUCAAGCGAAAAUUAGCUGGCACCUUCUACGGUCUCUCUUGCAUCUCUCUGUCGCUAUAAUAGCUACGGACGACUACGGCAAGAUCACCGACCGUGUGAGGAAGCUCAAAGGCUCCCAAAACUAUUCCAACUGGCUAUUUAAACUCAAGCGAGCUCUCAAGUCUCGCGGUGUACGCCACUGGGAGAUCCUUAUCGGUGAGGAUCGUCCCCAAUUCACUUCUUAUCGCACUGUCCCCAGCGAGCGCACGCUUCGUGAGCAUAUCGCAAAGGAACACAAUAACAGGGCGUUGCGUGAGUAUCGACGACGACCACGCUCUCUUUCAGGCUCUCAUAAGGAUAAUAAGCCGCCGGCCACCAUCUUCCCUGACACACUGUCUGUUCAGGAGCUUGAGGACUUUAUUCAUAAGUAUUACGAUAAGCCAAACAAGGAAUUUCAAGAGUGGGAAGCUCUUAUAUUCACAGUCCUUAAUAUCUUCGUCUCUUGCCUCGAUUACGACCUAAUACAGUAUGUCAAACAGACUGAAGAUGCUUCUGAAGCCUUCAGAAUUAUUAAAAAGCUGUACGGCCGCCCCACACAACAGACUAUUGCCACUAAGUGGGCAAAGCUUAAGUCUACCGUCUACAAACUAGGCCUUCAAAGCGCACAGUUUAUGGCAAACUGGCAGCGUACCUACGUGGAAGUAGACCAAGCACUAGGCGACGAGUAUCUUCCUGUCGCCAUUCAAUUCUCUAUGUUCGUCCGUGCUAUAGGCUUUCACCCUAAUGCCACGGUUUGGCUUCAGGGCACCCAGAAAUUCGACCUAAAGGACGACAGACUCAUAGAGAACGUCUUCGCUGACUUCGGCACUGCUAAGGACCAGCGCUAUAAUAGCACUAAGCAACAUCCUACCCUUUCUUCUAACACUACAAAGAAAGGUGCUCAGCAGCAAAAGACUAUUCGGGCCGACAGCAAGGUCAUCAAGCUUCGCAGACUUCCAACAAUCAGGGGGGUAGCCAAACAAUACUUCCUCAAUCCCGCAAAUACCGGCAAGUCCUUCAAUAAGGGCACCACCACGGCAAAGGCGACUGCGGAGCUUCCAACCAGCCCGGAGGAUAUAUUUAUUAACACUGCUAAUGUCCAGAUCGAUUCUAUCGAUAUCUCCACAAUCUCCACGGCGAAUGCUAGUCUCAAUCCACUUCGCACCGUCAAUCUGACCACGCUCGGUAAGGACGGCCAGAUCAUUAGUUCUAUCAUCUUGAAGAACGUCUGGCAUGCCGAGGACCUCGAGAAUUCCCUCAUAUCGUGUCGCACUAUGUUCCGCGACGAUGGCAUUGCCUGCACGCUCUCUGACUAUGUAACCCUUACAAAGACCUUUUAUGCUUCCGCAACCUUCACGACGUCCGCCACGGCUUCAGUGGUGCGAGCUAUGCCUAUAGAGGUUAAACCUAUCUCUAUAGACCUCGCAUAUCGACGUUUCUGUUAUGCAGGCGAGCAGCGCGUUCGCCGCAUGCCUACCUUCGCGGAAGGCAUCAAAUUAAUCAAAGGCUCCGCCCUAAAGACUCUAUGUCCUCUAUGCCUCGCUGGCAAAGAUUAUCAACUUCCGUACGGCGAUAACAAAUCCAUCCGCGUCCGUCCAGGCGACUCUCUGCAUAUUAACGUCUGGGGACCUAUUUCUAUUGCCACCAAGGAAGGCGAGACCUAUUUUAUGUCUAUCACCGAUAAGGCGUCCCGUUUCUGCUGGAUCUUCCUUAUAAAGGCCCGUACGGACGUCGUCAAAUGCUACCAGGUCGUCGAAAGCUACCUUCUUACCUAG